GUGUAUUGACGCAAAGCAUUUCUGAUUACUGUCUUCUUGUCAGUUUGUCAAACGCAAAAUUGUAGCGUUGGGCGCGUUAGUCUUGAGUUAUUCGCUACAAAAUCAAUCAAACAAUCAAAAUCAACAUAAUGGCCGACAUUGGCGUUGUGCGCGAAUCUGAAUUGCGCAAAAAGGAAAUCUGUCGCUUCUGUUUGGUGCAGCACAGCAAACUUGCCUCAAUUUACACGGAAAUCUCACGCAUUAAAUCAACGGCAUCGCUGCCGCUGCAGAUAAUGGCCAUAACAUCGAUAGAGGUGCAAAGCAAUGAUGGACUGCCCAGUUUUAUUUGUUUGGAUUGUCGGCUGCUCUUCGAGCACUGCUACCGGUUCAAGCAGAUGUGCAAAAAUGCGGAGACGUUGCUGCGUCAAUAUCCGCUCACCGGCAAAUGGCCAAAUCCAUUGGAAAAGCCUCGGGCACCGUUGGUAUCCAAACCACAACAGAUAGCUGUCUACAAGGAGCCCGAGGCACAGCCAAAGAAACUGCUCAACUCGUUGGCAAAGAGCAACAAUGUGCAGAUCGAGAGUGUGCAGGUGCUGGAAACUAACCUCCUCACCAAGAAGCUACUCAAUUCGGCAGCAGUGAGCACGGCAGAGCCACCAAUUCCGCCACGUGGAUCUCCCCAGAAGCGAUCACAAUCGAAGUCAUCGUAUCAGAUUAAGGUGGAGAACAAUGAGGAGCUGUCCAUGGAUGAUGUGCACAAUCUGUUAGCGGACAUGUCUAGCGAAUUGGAAGAAACUGCGGAUAUUUCAACGGUGCCAACAACGACAAUUUCGUCAGGCAAACCCAAAGUUCUCAACAAAUCGUCGAUGCGACUACUCAACAAGGGUGCCACUACGUCCGUGGAGCCACGGUUGGCCAAACCCCAGAUCAAGCACUACGAGGAUGGCAAUGUGGCGCUCGUUACUGAAAUACUCCAAACCGAUGACAUCGAUGCGUCCUCGGAUCCAAUUAAAAAUGCUGCACCGGUUGCGACAAAUGUCUUCUCGUGUCCAGAUUGCGAUCGCUCUUUUCCAUUGAUGCAGUUGCUCGACAUACACAUGGUGAACCACACACGAACGCGCAGUUUUCAGUGCCAGGAGUGCGAGAAGGCCUUUUUCUCCAAGUACGAUCUGCAGAAGCACAAUAUUAUCCACACCGGCGAGCGUCCGUACAAGUGCAGCGUCUGUGAGAAGACCUUCACCCGCCGGGCGCUGCUGCAUCGGCACGAACGCAUCCACACGGAUGUGCCCAAGUUCAUUUGCCUGUACUGCGAGAAGCAGUUCAUUUCGCGCGAGGAGAUGGAGAAGCAUGCGGAGCGCCACACCAAAAAGAGACCCUUCCAAUGCGGCGUCUGCCAAAAGGCGUUUGCCUUCAAGCAGGGCCUGGAGCGGCACGAGGUUAUCCACAGUACCAAUCUGCCGUUUUCGUGUCAGUACUGCAGUCGCAGCUUUGUGACCGCUAGCAAAUUGGCACGCCAUCUGGUUGCCCAUGCUGGGAAGCGUGUCUAUCCAUGCAAAUACUGUUCCAAAUCGUAUCUGUUGUCGCAUCAUCUGUCGCGGCAUGUGCGCAUGCACAAACAGGCAGCGGCUGCUUCGUUCACCUGCAGCAUCUGCAAGGAUACGCAUCAGUCUUAUGACAGCCUGGUGGAUCAUUCCUCGAUACACGCGAGUGUCUCGCUGAUUUGUCCGCUGUGCAAGGCGACCAUUGCUGACGCGGAUAGCCUGGAGACGCACAUGCAGGCUCACAAGGAGAGCGAGCGACAUGCCUGCGAGUUCUGUGAUUUCAUCUUCCUGAGCUCCGCCCAAUUGCAGAAGCACAUCGAGGAUGAUCAUGUGGUCGAUAUGGUGCCGUAUCAGAAUGAAAGCGAAUACGAGCAGGGCGUCAACAAAGAAGAGGAGGUUGAGGAGGAGUCCGAAUUGAUGGAGGAAUUGUUGGCUGAAAUGUCGCCAUCGCCGUCACCGUCUCCCACUCCUACAAAAAUACGCAAACUGAAUCCGAUUGCAAAGACUACUCAGACACAAGAUGACAAGACCAAACGAGAGUCCCGAUCCAAGAUAAUUAAACCGACACAGGAGAUUUUGCCAGAUAAUCGAAAAAGAGCACGAGGCGUCCACAAAUUCCCCGCUGCCUCGUCCGUUUCACCCGAAAGCAAGCGGCAGACGCGUCGCCACGACAGCAAGGAGAGAGCCUUGAAGCCCAACGAUUCUGCAAAAAGAUCUACUAAGAAGAUUGUUGUGGAGCAGAGUCGGCAGCCCAGCAAGCAUCGUAAUGUAAAGGUUUCCAGCUCCAAGUCUAAAACCCCAAAAUAAAAUGGAAAUUGUAACCAAGAUGACAUUGCUGAGCUGAGGCACCUCAUCUGACGUUCUGAAGCCGCUUCAUCGACACUUGAAUCUGACCAUUAUUAACAUAAAACUAUAAUUAUUUUGCUAAUAAAUAUAUGCACUUAAAAUGUA